AAUAACUGACGCCUUCACCUUCAGUUCUUGGCUAACAACAGCUCUAUGAACACUCACAGUGCCGCGGCCUAUAGUGUACGUUCUAGUUAACAGCUUAGUAAAGAAUAAGUUCAUUACUGUUUUAAUAACGUGCACUUGUGCACAAAACGUGCAAGUUUAACGUUGCGGUUGUUUAAAAAAUUUCACUUACUUACGAAGCAAGAUACGUAUUUGUAAGUUGCGGAAGUGAACGAAAUUGUGUGCAUCGUCGACUCUCGAAGUUUACGUAUUUCUUUUGAAGUUACGUAUUUUUUUAAUAUGCCGAAAAGAAAAAGCCAAGCCUUUAUCGAUUCCGAAUCUAGUAGAAGUUCGGAUGAAAGCGGAUCCGAUCUUGAAAAUGAAUUGCUAACGUUAAGCAAGAAAAAAAAGUACCAAUCAGGCAGUGACGCUUCAGAAAACGAAAAGAAGAGUCCUGCCAAAAACGAAGCUAAGUACAGUGAUUCUGGAUCUUCGUCCUCAGAUGAUGAUUCUGACAAUGAUGAUGCAGCAUCAAAAUCCUCUCCAAUUAAAAAGAAGGAAGAAUCUAGUAGUGAUAGUAGCAGUAGUGAAUCUGAGGAUGAAAAAAAAGAAGUAGAAAAAAUGAAUGUUUCUGAGUUAGAAGAAGGAGAAGUAUCAGAUUCAAGUGACUCUAAAACUAACUCUAGUCAAUCGGAAUUCAAUGAUGGAUACGAUGAUAGGCUUAUGGGAGAUGAUGAAGAUCAAGCGAGGCUUGCUAAAAUGACAGAAAAAGAAAGGGAACAAGAGAUUUUUAAACGCAUUGAGCAAAGAGAAAUUAUGCGACGUCGAUUUGAAAUUGAAAAAAAACUUAGACAAGCUAGAAAACAAGGUGGCAAACAUAAGGAAAACAGAAAACGGGACAGAAGUGAUGAAAGAAUAAGUAGAGGUCCUGAUCCAAAAGAAAGGAGUAAAGAUAGAAAAAAGGCCAUUGAUGAAAAGCAAGAUAAAAAAAGUAGUGCCAUGGCUUUGCUCAAAGCUAGAAGAGAAGAAAAGCGCGAAAGAGAGGAAAAAGAAAAGCAAAGAAUUGAAGAGCAGAGAAAAGAGAAUAAAGAUGACGAAGAAGAGUUGGAAGGUGAACACAAAGCUUUUAAAACUAAAUUAAAAGCCUCAGACAUAUACUCCGAUGAUAGCGGCUCAUCAUCUGAUGAAUCGGACAAAGAAACUUCAAGGCGAAGAUCAUCUUCCAGUUCAUCAAGAGACUCAGACUCUGAUGAUGAAGAACAAUCUGUUUCUAGUUCUGCUAAACCUAAAAAAGUAGUAUUAGUUAGUACAAAAGAAGAGUUGAACAGAAUUAGACUAAGUCGGUUCAAAAUGGAAAAAUUAGUUCACAUGCCUUUCUUUGAUAAAGUGGUUCAAGGUUGUUUUGUCAGAAUUGGCAUAGGCAAUAACAACGGUAGACCAGUAUAUAGAGUUGCUGAAAUUAGUGGAGUCUGUGAAACAGGAAAGGUUUAUCAAUUAGGUAAUACUAAAACUAAUAAAGGGUUACGAUUAAGACAUGGUCUUCAGGAAAGAGUAUUCAGAUUGGAAUUUAUUUCCAAUCAAGAAUUCACAGAAUCUGAGUUUUUCAAGUGGAAAGAAACCUGUACAUCCCAAGGGAUUUCUAUGCCUACUGCCGAUGAAGUAGAGCAAAAAUGUAAAGACAUAAAGGAAGCAAUGGUUUAUGAAUUCAAAGAAGAAGAUAUCGAAAGAAUGGUGCAAGAAAAAGUGAAGUUCAAAGGAACACCUUAUAAUUAUGCCAUGAAGAAAGCCCAGCUUAUGAGAGAUCGAGAUGAAGCCAACUGCAGAGGAGAUGACGAAGCAGCCAGUAGAUUUAAUCAGCAAAUCCAAGAGUUAGAAGAACGAGCUUCUAACUUAGAUAAAAAACGAUCUGCUACAAUAUCUAGUAUUUCUUACAUCAAUGAUAGAAAUCGCAAAAAAAAUGUAGAAGAAGCUGAAAAAGCUAUCAUGGAGGAAAUCAGGGCUAAUAAAGGUAAAGUUAUAGAUGAUCCUUUUACCAGAAGAAGCACACGUCCCAAGAUGUUUUCACAAAAAGAGGAACCCGUCAAAAAUGACCCUGCUAAAAACUUCGAAACGGAACCUGAAACUCCAAAAGUAAUUGAGAAAGAAAAAGAAGCAGUAACAGAACAGAAAGUCAAUGCUAAUACGGAUUUAUUUGAUGCUCACAAUUUCGACAUCAAAAUAGAUUUAGAGGUGCCACUAACAUUAGAUCAUCCUCUCAAUAUCCCUAAACCGAUUGUUGUCAGCAGCAUCAAAGAAACACCAGGACCUCGUCGAUCGUUAAAUUUAGAAGAUUAUAAAAAGAAGAGAGGAUUAAUAUAAUUAGUAGUAAGGAACCGAAAAUGUUACUUAGUAGGCUGUUACAAAACUUAUAGAAAAUGUAGAGGAAAGGUUGGGUACGUCAGGAAUGAAUCUGUAUUUUGCAUUGCCUUAGAAGUAUAAGUGUAUAAAGACAUCACAUUGUCAACUGUUAACGACGAAAUAUACUUAAGUGUAAUAAAAAAUAUUAAUUAAAAAUAUUUUUACGUUUCAAACAAGAAAUUGAUCUUUAGCUAUGCCUUCAAAUGCUCAGAUUUUUGGGUAACUUUUUAAAUUACACUUAACAAUGCAGGAUACAAAUAGUUUUUUACUUUUAUUGAAUACAGACUGUUUAGAUAUCAUUAAAAUCAUGUAAAUUUUGAUUGUUAGUUUAUCGCGGCAUUUAUACUACAAUAUUUAAAAAUUGCAUGUAUGUAUAGCUAAUAAUAACAAAAUAACCUUAUUAAAUUGUAAAUAUUAAA